AUGAAGUUAAUUGAAAAAAAAAAAGAUUUUAUCAAUAAUCAGAUUUUGGAAAAGAUCUUCUUCUUCAGGAUUCAUCCCAAAAAUUCUCAAGCUCAUCAACCAGUUAGAGAAUUAAAAAAUAUUGAUGAAACAUAUAAAGAUGCUGCAUCUGAACCAUCUACCAAACUAGCAUUGAGUGCUGAUACAACAUUACCAAAUUUCAGUAAUAUUAAUAUUAAUGCGUCAUCAAAUAUCAAUGAUAGAGAAGAGAAAAGCAUCGUAAAUAAUAUCACUUCAACAGAAGAAUCACUCAUCAAACCAACAUCAAUAACGGCACAACAUCCAAAACUUGCAUCAUCAAAUGUCAUUGAUCUGGAAGAGAAAAGUAGUAUAAAUAUUAUUAAUUCGACAAAAGGAGAAUCACCUGACAAACUAACAACAAUUAAAGAUGCCAAACCUUUUGGUGAUUCGGAAGUUGACAGUAAAAUUAAUGAAUUAUCAGAUAUUAUAAAUAAUUUUAAUUCAACACAAAAAGAAACAUCUUGUAAAGAGGAGAGACAAGAUGAAAUUAAUGAGAUAUUUGAUGAAAUUCUUAAUUGUGUUGAAAAGGUGAAAAAAUAUCGAGAACAGCAACAACGAAAAAAAAGCAACAAAGUUAAUGAAAUUUCAAAUGAUUCUAUAACGUUCUCAACCAUCCGAAAUAAUAAUUCAUUAGCAUUGAUUCCUUCUCCACAAUUAAAUGAAAAUCUUAAUUCAUUAAAAUUAUUAUUGCUAUCACGUUCAGAACGUAAAUUACGUAAAUUCGAUAAUAUUUGUGCAAUAAUUUAA